AUGCUCCUCAAACCCCUUCUCACAACAAUCACCCUCCUCGGCCUCACCACAGCCACCGCGAUCCCCUCCAUCAACAACGACAACGCCAACGACGAAAAAGACAUAUUCAUCCGCGCCUCAAAUGCAGAACUCACCACCCGCGCCGACGCCAAACCGCCCCCCAACUCCGUCUGCGGCUACGAGGAGAUCCCCGCAACCAACAAAUGGGUCAUCUGGGCCCCCAAAGACUCCUUCGACCUCAACGAGCAAUGCGGCAAGCAGUAUCUGAAGAAGCUGCGCGGCCGGUGCGGCGUCAUCACGACGUGGAAAUGCAAGCACCUCGACAGCGACGGCAACCACGUCGACAGCCACGACGGGCAUGACAAUGUGUACGGGGGGUUGAUGACAUUUUACACGAGCGUGUUCUGCAGCUCCACCGAUGUCAUGGCUGCCAUGGGCGCUGCGUCUGCCACUGAUGAUCGGCCUGAUAAGUGUGUGGAGCCGCCGGCUUGGAGUCUUCCUCCUUAUCAUUGA